CAUCGAAUAAUAAAAGGUAUAAAAUAAUCAAACAAUUUGACCGCUUCGACAUCACAAGUUGCAUAUCAGUAGGCUAUGAGCUUGCAUUCUCUGUGAUACAAAAGUCAAAUUAUAAUUCAUAAUAGUUACGCAUCCCAAGUUGGGUUUCAGUGAGUUCGUAAUUGGACUCAUAUUGGCCCAACAAACCGUAAUAAAAUAAAAUUCCAGUUAGGGAGGCCCAUUAUGACCCAGGGGAAAAAGCCCAGUGGUUUUGUUACUCAGCUUGGUUGUUGUGUUGGCUAUUCAUGGUGGCUUCGAGCACCGUCUCCGGCAGCGGCUCUAGCCUUAGGGUUUUACCAUCUUCGCUCCUCACUUUCUUUUCCAUCGGAAACAAUCGAAAUCGCAGGUGAAACAAAAUGUCUGAACCCAAUGCGAUCGCUGAAAUCCCUCAGAACAUGACCAUCUACAUCAACAACCUUAACGAAAAGAUUAAGCUUGAUGAGUUGAAGAAGUCGUUGCAUGCUGUUUUCUCUCAGUUCGGGAAGAUACUGGAAGUGCUAGCGUUCAAGACUCUGAAGCACAAGGGUCAAGCUUGGGUGGUGUUUGAGGAUGUUAAUUCUGCUUCCAAUGCUCUUAGACAAAUGCAAGGUUUUCCCUUCUACGAUAAGCCAAUGAAAAUACAGUAUGCAAAGACUAAAUCAGAUAUAAUAGCAAAAGCUGAUGGUACCUUUGUCCCGAGAGAAAAACGGAAGAGGCAUGAUGACAAAGGCAAAAAACGGAAGGACCAUGUUGAUCCUGGUUUAGCUGGAAUGGGCGUAAAUCCAGCAUAUGCUGGUGCCUAUGGUGCAGCUCCUGCUGUAUCGUAUCCAGGUGGUGCAAAAUCUAUGGUACCUGAGGCUCCUGCCCCACCAAACAAUAUUCUCUUCAUUCAAAAUCUACCCAAUGAGACAACUCCCAUGAUGCUGCAAAUGCUCUUUCUUCAAUAUCCUGGUUUCAAGGAAGUUAGGAUGGUGGAAGCGAAGCCAGGAAUUGCAUUUGUGGAAUAUGGAGAUGAGAUGCAAUCAACUGUAGCAAUGCAGGCCCUACAAGGUUUCAAGAUAACACCACAUAACCCGAUGUUGAUAACUUAUGCCAAGAAAUAGAUUAGUGGUUUCUUCAACUUGUGGUGUGAAAAUGGCGUCUUAUAUCUUCAAAGUAGAAUUGUUAAUUCAUCUCAUACGUUAUGUAUCUGCAUAAUUGAUGUUUACCCUAGGCAGCCAUGUUUCUUGUAUGAUUGUAGUUAGGGUGAUGACUUCUACAUUGAAAAAAUUUCGUAUUCAAUACAUCCCUUUCUGGUUCAAAUUUAACAGUUACAAAAUUACUUCACCUUGUCGAAGUUUUAUUGGUCUUGUAUUUGUGCCAUCUUAUGAAGGCUCGUCUUUAGUGACCAAGUCAACAACCAUUUGGAUUUUGGUGAUCCUCCCUGAAAGCUUCCUCAAGUUUUAGCAUAAACACUAUAUCAGUGGGAAAAAUAACGAUUUUGAGCAAGGGUACACACAACAUGCUUGCAUAUGCAUUAUAUAUGAAAAUAAAGUUGGUAAAUAGCAUGCUGAU